CAAGUCGGUGACGGAAGCGGCGAGUGUACUAACGGGUAGCUUAUGGCUACACAAUAAAUACAUGCUGCUAGCUGCGUGUACACACUUCAUUCAGUGAAAGUGAUCCAAUCGCUGCCCAUCGCGCACUGGAUAGCUAUUAAUUCAUUUGGGGUUUUCGAUGUAGUCAUCGCCAACCUGCGUUGAUGCCUAUAUCACAUGACUAUGACACUUUGGCCUACUUGGACGCGACACCAAUCCACGUGUCCGGCUGUUAUGUUAUGGCUUGGUGCAAAUUAGACACGCAAUCUGAAUGGUAAUUAAACACUUUGUUAUGACAGCUGUAUUUUUUUGCACUCGCGUAUACACAGCACUGUUUUUUUCUUACAUGGUUAAAAAUGUAACCAUGUAACGGUACAAAACAAAAGGCAUUGUGCUUUCACCUGGGAGGCAAUUUUAUUGGCCACGUUUUGUUUUAGUCUCUAAGAGUUUUCACAAUGAAAACAAUGUAAGUUGUAAACAAGUGUUGGAUUAUACUGAGACCAACAUGUGCAGGAUUUGUGGCGCAUAUGACGCUAGCCUCACGCUAAAGCCGGAUUUCGUAUAAUUUGACUUUCAGCCAGCUCAGAUUUUUGCACGGGUCGUGCUUGUUGGUUGGCGGAACCCUCCACUGGUGGAACAUUUUGCUUGUGUGGAACGCUUUGCUCGUGUGGAACAUUUUGCUCGUGUGGAACGCUUUGCUCGUGUGGAACGCUUUGCUAGUGUGGAACGCUUUGCAGUGGAACGCUUUUCUUGUGUGGAACGCUUUGCUAGUGUGGAACGCUUUGCUUGUUGGUUAGACUUGCUUCUCACCUCGCCUGCGUGCCUAACCUAGACUAAGUAUGGACUUAGAAAAUAGCUCAUCAGAGUACCCCCAGACUGCCCAGCCUUACCGUGCCCAUUCCUCUUCCCAUGUCACAGAGGAAACUCUGUACAAACUCCUCACAGAUCCACUGGGGGAAUCGCCCCAACCCUCGGGUGACCAGUGGGUGUUCAACGCCUCGGAACCCACCAGCAACGCCCCCGUUGUGACCGGUGGGCCUCUCCAACCGUACUCCUGGAACCUAGUUGUGGGUAUCACUGCGUCAGUUGUGUUCCUUCUCGUCACGGCAGCCGUGCUGUUCGGUUUGACUGUAUUCAGAAACUACAUGAAGAAGAGGAACAGAACCCUGAGUGCGGAUACCGGGGUUUUCUCGCCUAGGAGGGGUAGUAAAGCAGGGCUGGACAUGAUUGACAACACAGUGGUCAUGAUUGCGCACAGUUCAUUAGAGAGAAGUGGUUCGAUUCGCAAGCAAAUCCAGAAGUUUCUCUCCCGAUGAGGAGCAAUUGGGACUACUCGAACAAUGCAUGAAUGCUGUCUACAUUUUAUACAACUGCUCCCUGGUGGGUUUACAGGCACGUCAAUGGAAUGAACGAUGGAGUAUCAAUGUCAUUAGGCUGCAGGAGAAGUGCUUCAUCAGUAAAGUACAACAACGAUCAAGUCAAGAAAUGGACCGCGAAUUUGGUCACCGAAAAGGUGUUGAAAUCAGUUUUACUUCCAUUUUGCUUUUGGGUUCUUAGUAAAUUUCACCAUGCGAGCAAAGAGCCGUAGGUCUUAAUCGGGAGAACAACAUCUUGUUCCAGCAUCCCUCAUGAGGACUUUUCAGUGUAACGACACUUUUGAGGUGCUAGUCUGGUGCCUUUAAGUAUUGGUUUAACACACGCUUUGAGCACGUAGCGACAUAGGGAACAAAAAUGAAGAUGGCUACACGUACGUCCAGAGACAGUUCUAUUAAUAACUGUUUCAUGUCAACAACAUCAUUCAGGUUGUAGCGAUGAUCAGCUGUUGUCAUCUUUCAGUCUGGACUAGUGCCAGGCUCUGGCACAUUUAGAGACAGUUGUUCAAAGUCCUUGGUGGUAUGCUCAAUGUUGACGACGUCCUUGAGAAACAACGUCAAUGCUCGCAGGGUCGUAGCAUUCCAAACUUAAACCAUAUUACAGCCAGGAGCAAUUUCAUAAUAUGGUUCCAAGACGCUCCAGUUGUGAAACUAUAUUAAAACGAAAUUAUAAUCGCUAUAACAAACCGCUGCACCCAACGAAUCGUUCGCCACGAAAGGGCGCUUUUAUUCCCGCUAUCACUUGAGACGUGAGCGUCUUGAAACCAAGACUAAGAGCCAACAUGCACAUCAAUUAAUGUAUUUAAUAUCUUAGAUAUAGAGCUUCUUUUGUGCAACAGAGAGAGAGAGAGAGGGGGUUGAGUAUCAUCCAUAAGCAUGCCAUGUGUCGAGUGUUGGUUUGGCAUCUGCAUGGUUUUAACCACUAAUAUUUAUUUGCCAAACAUUAACCAGGGGUCGACUUCACGAAACUCAUCAUAACUUAGGAUAAAUUUUUGGACUUAGGACGAGUUCAGUUCCAUAUAUAUAGACGUAUGACCCAUUUAACCCAUCCUAAGUUAGGAUGAGUUACUCGUUCUAACUCGAGUUAGGAUUAAUCCUAGCGUUUCGUGAAAUCGGCUGCUGCUAAAUUAGCAUGGAAGUAAUCCAAGAAAGUGUAAACAUAAUAUAACAUGGGGCUAUGUUGGUAUAAGCUGAAUUCAAUAGCAGUAUUUCUCUGUGUAGCUUAUUAAUUAUCUACAAAAGCCCCUUUACGGUUUUUUGUUCUCAUCUUAGAAGACACUGUGUUAAAGGAACACGUUGCCUUGGAUCGGUCGAGUUGGUCUUUGAAAAGCAUUUGGAA